AGGCCCGGGACGGCCUGUCAGUCAGAGCGCUGCUGGGUAAGCACCUGGGGGCCCGCGGGGCCGGCGCAGCCAUGGCGGCGGUGUUUGACCUGGACCUGGAGACGGAGGAAGGCAGCGAGGGCGAGGGCGAGCCAGAGUUUAGCCCCGCGGACGUGUGUCCCCUUGCCGAGUUGAGGGCGGCUGGCCUGGAGCCUGUGGGACAGUAUGAGGAGGUGGAGCUGACUGAGAGCAGUGUGAACCCGGGCCCUGAGCGCAUCGGGCCCCACUGCUUUGAGCUGCUGCGCGUGCUGGGCAAGGGGAACUAUGGCAAGGUGUUCCAGGUGCGAAAGGUGCAGGGCACCAAUGUGGGCAGAAUAUAUGCCAUGAAAGUUCUGAGGAAGGCCAAAAUUGUGCGCAACGCCAAGGACACUGCACACACGCGGGCUGAGCGGAACAUUCUAGAGUCAGUGAAGCACCCCUUCAUUGUGGAACUGGCCUAUGCCUUCCAGACUGGUGGCAAACUCUACCUCAUCCUGGAGUGCCUCAGUGGCGGCGAGCUCUUCACACAUCUGGAGCGAGAGGGCAUCUUCCUGGAAGACACGGCCUGUUUCUACCUGUCAGAGAUCACACUGGCCCUGGGCCAUCUCCACUCCCAAGGCAUCAUCUACCGGGAUCUCAAACCUGAGAACAUCAUGCUGAACGGCCAGGGUGCGCAUGUGUGGGGCGGGCUGAGCCCCGUGGGGUGGCCUGGGGUCCUGACUGACCCGCCCCAACGUUCUUCCUCAGGCCACAUCAAACUGACGGACUUCGGCCUCUGCAAGGAGUCGAUUCACGAGGGUGCCGUCACCCACACCUUCUGCGGCACCAUCGAGUACAUGGCCCCUGAGAUUCUGGUGCGCAGUGGCCACAACCGGGCGGUGGACUGGUGGAGCUUGGGGGCCCUGAUGUACGACAUGCUCACUGGAUCGCCACCCUUCACUGCAGAGAACCGGAAGAAAACCAUGGACAAGAUCAUCAGAGGGAAGCUGGAGCUGCCCGCCUACCUCACCCCAGAUGCCCGGGACCUCGUCAAAAAGUUUCUGAAGCGGAAUCCCAGCCAACGUAUCGGGGGUGGCCCCGGGGACGCCGCUGAUGUGCAGAGGCACCCCUUCUUCCGGCACGUUAAUUGGGACGACCUCCUGGCUCGCCGCGUGGACCCCCCUUUCCGGCCCUCCCUGCAGUCGGAGGAGGACGUGAGCCAGUUUGACUCCCACUUCACGAGGCAGACGCCAGUGGACAGUCCAGACGACACGGCCCUCAGUGAGAGCGCCAACCAGGCCUUCCUGGGCUUCACGUACGUGGCACCCUCCGUCCUGGACAGCAUCAAGGAGGGCUUCUCCUUCCAGCCCAAACUGCGCUCCCCCAGGCGCCUCAACAGCAGCCCCUGGACCCCCAUCAGCCCCCUGAAGUUCUCGCCCUCUGAGGGAUUCCGACCCAGCCCCGGCCCACCAGAGCCCAUGGAGCCCCCUCUACCCCCUCUCCUGCUGCCACCGCCGCCGCCACCACCGCCCUCGAGCACUGCCCCCCUCCCCAUCCGACCCCCCUCAGGGACCAAGAAGUCCAAGAAAGGCCGUGGGCGCCCUGGGCGCUAAGAGGGUGGGUGGAGAUGAGGGCAGUGAGACCCCGGGCCAGUCCCAGAGACCUGGGGCUGUGCCUAGGGGUACAGGAGCGAGUGUGCGUGAGUGUGUCUCUGCUGGGGGUGGCCGUGCCCCUCAAUCAUGAACACGAAGUACUGCAGACUACGGCUGCCAGUCAAGGGGGGCUGCCCGCCGGCCUCCCGCAGUUGAGCUGUGCCCUUGGGUUAUUAAAGUAUUCAGUCACGGC